AUGGCCGCAUCGUCACCAAGUGCGGGCUGGGCCCAACUCCGACAACAGGCCAGGACGUUGGAAACUCAGACGGAGAGCCUGUUUCACACGUACUCGCAAUUCUCGGCUGCUGCAAACAUACCGCCCAAACCCACCGAGGAGGAGCGCACGACGGAACAGAAGAUCGAAGAGCUAUUAGAAAAGCGCGACUCAACCAUCUCGCAGCUGGCGCGACUCCUCGACUCCGAAACCACCCUGACUUCGUCUGCGCUCAAGCAGAACAACCUGUCGCUCCUGCGCGAGAAGCUGUCCGCCCACAGACGAGACCUCCACCGCCUGCGCGGCACGCUGCAACAGGCCCGCGACCGCGCCAACCUCCUCGCCAACGUGCGCUCCGACAUUGACGAGUACCACGCCAGCAACCCCGAGGCCGCAGAGGCCGACUACAUGCUCAACGAGCGUGGCCGGAUCGACAACAGCCACAACAUGGCCGACAGCGUGCUGAGCCAAGCCUACGCCGUCAACGACAGCUUCCUCCUGCAGCGCGAGACGUUGGCCAGCAUCAACAGGAGAAUCCACGUGGCGGCGAGCAAAGUGCCGGGCGUCAACAACCUGAUCAACAGGAUAUCUGCGAGGAAGAGGAGAGAUGGCGUCAUUAUGGCAUGUUUUAUCGCCUUUUGCUUUCUCAUGUUUUUUUGGUUUUCAUGA